AUGCACGACAUGUAUGCUUGGAGAGUGUUGAAGCUCAAGAGGGGAAGAGAUGGAUUGAGCGGACCUGGGGAUUGGGAAAUCGACCAGGGUUGCGAAGAUGAUGGAGAGAAAGCAGGAGGUAGAGCUGUUCUUCGAGCAAUCGAAAAGACAGGGGCGAGCGACGUACUGGUCAUCGUAUCUAGGUGGUAUGGAGGCACAAUGCUGGGUCCCAUUCGAUUCGAGCACAUCGAGAACUGCGCGACGGAGGCGCUGCGGCAAUUCCUCGACGACGAGGCUCUCGUACCUCUUCGCAAACAGCUUGGAGAUCUGGAUUCUGAGGUGCUCAAUUUGCGUGCUCGAAGCAGCACAUCUUCUUCGCAGACAGCCACACCUUCUACACUCGCGGCCACCGCCUCACCCACAUCGAGGAAAGUCGCUCCGACUUACGCAGACCUUACCAAAGAAAAGGCCGAGAGGCUAAUCUCGGCCAGAAGAAAGCAGGUGGAGAUGCUCAAGCGCAAAUUAUCUCAAGGUUCGUCGACGAAUCCUUCGCCUGCGAAUUUGGACAAUCUGGAUGCUGCGCAACGCGCUUUGGCCGUCUUGCCUCCGUGA